AUGAGCUAUGCAAGAACGCUACUACAGCCUGCGGACGUCCAGAUAGCACGUUACUACUACAACAAUCGAGACCGGCUCGUGAGCUCGUCUACCCCUGCUCGCAGGCCCAAGUCAGGUCAACGGAAGACUGGGCGCUCCGAAUGGAUGCGAGGGCAGGCGCGCAAGGACUUGAUGAAGUUGGGAGAGUUCGCCGAAUACGAUCUCAGCGUGGUUAGCCGUCGCACUGUUCCAGAUCCCCAUCGCACAACAGCCAUGGAAGCGAACGAAUUGCGCUUGUGGGACAAAUGCGCCGCUUGUCAUAGAGAGUUAGGGACAAUCGCGUAUCGGUACUACUUGACCAAGAGGAUCGAGCGCUACGAGACCAGGGCUUAUCUGGACCCGAAUUCGGACGACGAGACGGGAUCGUUCGUUGCGCUUCGUCGCCUCAUAGCAAUCCUUCUGCAGGAGCGGAUGAUGCUGGACAUGGAGGAAGCUGAACUGAAGGCGGUUGGAUUUGACGGCAUGUUCAUUGCGCUCGGCCGAGGCGUGCGCGUGACAGGUUUCAAAGAGGAGAUGGGAUGGUCCACAGAAGGCGAACUGCGCGCAUAUCGCGAAGCAAAUGACAAGACGGCUAGGUCUGAAGCUGGGAGUAGCGAAGGUCUUCCUGUUGGUGAUCCGAACGAGUGA